AUGACAGUGUCCAUGAUAUCCAGGUGGGGUCGAGGUUCCGGAACGGUUUUAUUCCCUGGGGGAAAUGUGACCCAGGUUGGUUUGACACUCGAUAAUCAGCACGACACAGGAAACGACACUAAAAUGGAAAUCUACGUAAAUGGAACCGUGGAAUCCCGUUCUCCUGAUGUCGACGUUCAGAAAAAUUCAAGUAGAGAGAAUCAUACCAGUGUGGCCAACGAAUCAACUUUGAUAAAUCCUGACUUUGAGGAGGACAGCGGGUUUGUAUCUUAUGACAAUGGUGUGGUCUCGAAAGAGACUUAUCUUACUGUGAAACGUUACACGCUGCUCUUCAUUCUCCCCGUUGUGGCUCUUUUCGGGAUUGUUGGAAACAGUCUAAGCCUGCAUUUCCUUCUACGGUUGCGGAGUCAAGACUCCAUCACUGUGUAUAUCUGCGCCCUGGCUGUCACAGACACUAUUGCGCUGAUUUGCUACUUCUUGGAUUGGCUUCCGGUUUUAAUUACAGAGAUAGACCAACAAACGGCGAACCUCGUCGAAGCAUACCUGUUCAUACCUGUGAAAAUGUUCUUAAGACUAUCUGCCUCUUGUUCGUCCUCAUAUAUAGUCGUCAUCAUUUCAGUGGAACGUGUUCUUGCCGUGACGAGACCGAUGCGGAUGAGAGGAAGCGUCCUUGUGCGAUUUCCUAAACUUAUAGUAGGUAUAACAAUCGUCACCAUCACCGCCUUUUUCCUUCUGAAUAUCUGGCGUUAUGAAAUCAGUGUCUUUGUAGACUCCGCCACCAAUCGCACAGUAUACACUGUUAAGCGCUCCGAGAUGGCAAGGACAUCUAACUUUUUCAACGUUUACGGCUUGGUUGGGCAAAUAGUAUUCACCGUUAUAUCCACGGCUAUUGUCCUAGUAGGCAAUUUGACAGUUAUAAUAGCGCUUUUCCACCAGACAAGACUUAGGCGGAAAAUGACCUGUCCGCAGGUCGUGGAACAACCUUCCGAUUACCUGAAAGUCACCUGGAUGCUUGUUACUGUGGCCACAAUUUAUUUCCUGUCUGCGCUCCCAACAUGCGUUAUCGGCAUCAUCUCCAAGUUUUCGGAGACAGUUAAGCUAUUCUCCAAGGAGCAUUACCUGGUGUAUUUGGUGUAUAUCAUAGGUGACUUUCUAUCGGCGCUGAGCUCCUCCGUCAAUUUCCUUGUAUAUGUGGUAUUCAGCAGACGAUUUCGAGAAGAUUUUGUUUCCCUCGUUAUGUGCCGUGAAAAAAUUAAACCAACAUCAAAUUCUAAACAGUAG